CGGCGGCAUCCGCCGCGAUGGCCCUCAAGAUGGUCAAGGGCAGCAUCGACCGCAUGUUCGACAAGAACCUGCAGGACCUGGUGCGCGGCAUCCGCAACCACAAAGAGGACGAGGCAAAGUACAUCUCACAGUGCAUUGAUGAGAUCAAGCAAGAGCUGAAGCAAGACAACAUCGCGGUGAAAGCGAAUGCAGUCUGCAAGCUGACCUACUUACAAAUGUUGGGCUAUGACAUCAGCUGGGCUGCCUUCAACAUCAUAGAAGUGAUGAGCGCCUCCAAGUUCACGUUCAAGCGGAUCGGCUACCUUGCUGCUUCCCAGUGCUUUCACGAGGGGACCGACGUCAUCAUGCUGACCACCAACCAGAUCCGCAAGGACCUGAGCAGCCCCAGCCAGUACGACACUGGCGUUGCGCUGACUGGCCUGUCCUGUUUUGUUACCCCAGAUCUUGCCAGAGACUUGGCCAACGACAUCAUGACACUGAUGUCGCAUACCAAGCCGUACAUCCGGAAGAAGGCCGUGCUGAUCAUGUACAAGGUGUUCCUGAGGUGCCCCGAGGCGCUGCGGCCCGCCUUCCCCCGCCUGAAGGAGAAGCUGGAGGACCCCGACCCCGGGGUCCAGUCGGCCGCGGUCAACGUCAUCUGUGAGCUGGCCAGGCGCAACCCCAAAAACUACCUUUCCCUCGCCCCCCUGUUCUUCAAGCUGAUGACCUCCUCGACCAACAACUGGGUCCUCAUCAAGAUUAUCAAACUGUUUGGUGCUCUGACCCCCUUGGAGCCAAGGUUGGGCAAGAAGCUGAUUGAGCCUCUCACCAACCUGAUCCACAGCACGUCCGCCAUGUCCCUUCUGUACGAGUGCGUGAACACUGUCAUCGCAGUGCUCAUCUCCCUGUCCUCCGGCAUGCCGAACCACAGCGCCAGCAUCCAGCUCUGUGUCCAGAAGUUGAGGAUAUUGAUAGAAGAUUCCGACCAGAACUUGAAGUACCUGGGCCUGCUGGCCAUGUCCAAGAUCCUGAGGACGCACCCCAAGUCCGUGCAGGCCCACAAGGACCUUGUCCUGCAGUGUCUGGACGACAAGGACGAGUCCAUCCGCCUGCGGGCCCUCGACCUCCUGUACGGCAUGGUGUCCAAGAAGAACCUGGUGGAGAUCGUCAGGAAGCUGAUGAGCCACGUGGACAAGGCCGAGGGCACUGCCUACCGCGACGAGCUGCUCACGAAGAUCAUCGACAUCUGCAGCCAGUGCAACUACCAGCACGUCACCAACUUCCAGUGGUACGUCAGCGUGCUGGUGGAGCUGACGCAGCUGGAGGGCACCCGCCACGGCCACCUCCUCGCCGCGCAGAUGCUGGACGUGGCCAUCCGCGUCAAGGCCAUCCGCAAGUUCGCCGUGGCGCAGAUGUCCGCGCUGCUCGACAGCGCCCACCUGGGGGCCGGCGGCCCCCAGCGCAACGGCAUCUGCGAGGUGCUGUACGCGGCCGCCUGGAUCUGCGGCGAGUUCUCCGAGCACCUGCAGGAGCCCCAGCAGACCCUCGAGGCCAUGCUGCGGCCCAAAGUCACUACCCUGCCCGGCCACAUCCAGGCCGUGUACGUGCAGAACGUGGUCAAGCUCUACGCGUGCAUCCUGCAGCAGAAGGAGCAGGCGGCGGAGCCCGAGGCGGCCCAGGACGUCACCCAGCUCAUGGUGGAGCGGCUGCCCCAGUUCGUGCAGAGCGCAGACCUGGAGGUCCAGGAGCGGGCGUCCUGCGUCCUGCAGCUGGCCAAGCACAUCCAGAAGCUUCAGGCCAAGGGCGUGCCGGUAGCCGAAGAAGUGAGCGCCCUUUUUGCUGGAGAGCUCAACCCGGUGGCUCCCAAGGCGCAGAAGAAGGUUCCGGUGCCUGAAGGCCUGGACCUGGACGCUUGGAUCAACGAGCCGCCCUCGGACAGCGAGUCGGAGGACGAGAAGCCCAAGGCCAUCUUCCACGACGAGGAGCCGCGCCAUGCCAAGCCACGGCCGCCAGAGGCUGAGGAGGAGGAGCUGGCCCGGCGUCGAGAAGCCCGGAAGCAGGAACAGGCCAAUAAUCCUUUCUACAUCAAAAGCUCCCCAUCUCCCCAGAAGCGGUACCAGGACAUGCCCGGUGUGGAACAUAUACCUGUGGUGCAGAUAGACCUCUCGGUGCCCCUGAAGGUGCCAGGGAUGCCCGUGUCGGACCAGUACGUGAAGCUGGAGGAGGAGCGGAAGCACCGGCAGCGGCUGGAGAAGGACAGGAGGAGGAAGAAGAAGAAGGACAAGGACCAGAAGGGCAGGCCGCGGCGCCACAGCAUGCUGCACACCGAGAGCGACGAGGACGUGGCCCCGGCACAGCGGGUGGACAUCGUCACCGAGGAGAUGCCCGAGAACGCCCUCCCCAGCGACGAGGACGACAAAGACCCCAACGACCCUUACAGGGCCCUGGAUGUCGACCUCGACAAGCCCCUAGCAGACAGUGAGAAGCUGCCCGUCCAGAAACACAGAAACGCGGAGACUACAAAGUCCCCUGAGAAAGAGGACGUCCCUGUUGUGGAAAAGAAGAUGAAAAAGCCCCGGAAGAAAGAGAAGAAGCACAGAGAGAAAGAGAGAGGGAAGAAGGAGAAGGGGAAGGAGGAGAAGGAGGGCGAGGACUUAGAUUUCUGGCUGUCCACAGCACCGCUGCCUGCCGAGGCCCCGGCCCCGGAAGAGCCCGGAGUGGACGCCGUCAUCGCGGCCGCUAAGGAAGAGGGCGAGGAGCCCAGGGGAGCGGGACAGGGUGACGAGGACGGCGCUGAAGAUGCCGAGCGGAACCCUGAGCAGAAAUCUUCGAAGCAUAAGAAGAAGAAGCACAAGAAGGAGAAGGAGGAGAGAACUAAGGACAAGAAGAAGCCUAAGAAGCAGCAGCCCCCAGGUGAAGAGGCGGCAGAGCCCGUGGAGAACGGCGCGCUUGCUGACGAGCCUCUCCCGCCCAUGUCCAGCUACUGCCUCCUCGCCGAGAACUCCUACAUUAAAAUGACCUACGACAUCCAGGGCAGCCUGCAGAAGGACAGCCAGGUCACCGUGUCCAUCGUCUUGGAGAAUCAGAGCAGCAGCUUCCUGAAGAACAUGGAGCUCAGCGUGCUGGAUUCGCUCAACACCAAGCUGGCCCGGCCCGAGGGCUCCUCCGUCCACGACGGGGUCCCCGUGCCUUUCCAGCUGCCGCCGGGCAUCUCCAACGAGGCCCAGUUCGUGUUCACCAUUCAGAGUAUCGUCAUGGCCCAGAAGCUCAAGGGGACCCUGUCCUUCAUCGCCAAGAACGACGAGGGGUCCACCCACGAGAAGCUGGACUUCAAGCUGCACUUCAGCUGCACCUCGUACUUGGUCACGACGCCCUGUUACAGUGACGCCUUUGCCAAGUUGCUGGAAUCUGGGGACCUGAGCAUGAGCUCAAUCAAAGUCGAUGGCAUUAAUAUGUCCUUCCAGAACCUUCUAGCAAAGAUCUGUUUCCAUCACCAUUUUUCCGUGGUGGAGAGGGUGGACUCCUGCGCCUCCAUGUACAGCCGCUCCAUCCAGGGCCACCACGUCUGUCUCCUGGUGAAGAAGGGGGAGAAAUCCGUGUCGGUCGAUGGGAAGUGCAGUGACUCGACGCUGCUGAGCAACUUGCUGGAGGAGAUGAAAGCGACGCUGGCCGAGUGCUGAGCCCCGCAGCCCCGCCGCCCGGGCCCGCCUCGCCCAGCACGGAUGGCGCUCGGAUGGCGCUCGGAUGGCGAGGUGACAUGCCGUGUUGAUCUGUCUUGUCAGCGUCUUACCUUGACUCCUCCCGCUCUCUCCGGCGAGAAGCAGGCUCUGGGCGCGGCGGACGGUGCAGGGCGGCGGGCCCUGAUUCGGCGAGGCCAUCCGCGGUCCCCACGGCCCCCAGACAGCCCGCCUGGGGGUGCCCGCUCACAGAGACGCUCCCCUCCUCCCUCGCCGCCACGGGCCAGGACACCUGGUGGUCCCGGGGCUGCGCGGGCUGCCGUCCCGCCCGCGUGUUCAUGCGUUGGAUGGGGGCGGGGGCGGCCACCAGGGUGGGGGUCUAGUCGGGAUCCCUGAUUGAGUGGGGCCAGGACCUUGUUGGUUUACAUUUCUUUCCUGUCCAAUGAAAUGUGUCUCCGACAGUGUGUGGCGAGCGGCGGGGACUGUUCAGGACUCCAGGUCCCUCCUGUUGGCGAGUGCUCCCCAGGUUCUGGCCCCCUCCGGUCCCACAGCUGCCGGGAAGGCCGGGUCCUGGGGUGGCCCCUGGGAUGCACCUCUUGGGGCGGGGCCAGGGGAGCCGGGACCAGCCCCACGAGCUGCCCUUCCUCAGAGAUGAGGGUCCUCAAUGACGUAAUUUCCUCUUGAUGAACACUGUCACUUUAGCAUGUAGGGUAAUCUAUUACAGAAUCCUGUGCAGUGAUUCCAGAACCUCAGAAUCGUAUGAUGUGUUCUAUAAGAAUCGAUUUGCUAUCGACAUUCCCAGAUAAAGGAGACAGACAUAUCACGCUGCUGUAAUGAUUUUGUGUCCAGGUGAUCAAUAAACUUGUAACACACACA